UUUUAAGAGGCCGCUUUAGCACAUGCAGAAGGGAGUCGUCUUGAGUAAACUUUUGACUUACGGACUCCAAAGCUGCAAGGACGCGAAAGACUCGGGCCUGGGCAAAUAUUGGUCAGGAAAACAGAUUUCAACCUGAGCAGGAUUUCUGCUGGAGGGCUGAUGAUUAUACAAAGAGUGGUGCUGAAUUCACGCCCUGGUGUCAAUGGCGUGCCAGUUGCAGAAAACUUCCGUAUGGAGGAGGCUAAUCUCCCAGAUGAAAUUGCCGAGGGUCAAGUCAGAGUUCGUACGCUGUAUCUCUCUGUGGACCCCUAUAUGAGAUGUCGUAUGAAUGAAAAUACUGGUUCUGACUACCUUCAAGCAUGGAAGUUGUCAGAAGUCACUGAUGGUGGAGGUGUUGGUUCCGUGGAAGAAAGCAAAGAUGAACGUUUUGUGGAAGGAGAUUUUGUCACUUCCUUUAACUGGCCCUGGCAGACAAAGGCCAUUUUGGAUGGAAAGCAUCUUGAGAAGGUUGAUCCACAGCUUGUUGACGGUCAUCUUUCCUACUUCCUGGGUGCAGCUGGCUUGACUGGGCUGACUGCUCUGCUGGGAAUACGAGAAAAAGGACAUGUGCAUCCCAGUGCUAACCAGACCCUGGUUGUCAGCGGAGCUGCUGGUGCCUGUGGCUCAUUGGCAGGGCAGAUUGGUUUGCUGGAAGGCUGUUCCAAAGUUGUUGGUGUUUGUGGCACAGAUGAAAAGUGCACCAUUUUAGUCUCAGAAAUGAGAUUUGAUGCUGCUAUCAACUAUAAGAAAGAGAAUGUGGCGCUACGGCUACGUGAACUUUGCCCAGCCGGAGUGGACAUAUAUUUUGACAAUGUUGGUGGUGAGAUCAGUGAUGUGGUAAUAAGUCAGAUGAACCCAAAUAGCCAUAUCAUUUUAUGUGGGCAGAUCUCCCAGUACAAUAAGGAUGUACCUUAUCCUCCUCCUUUGCCUCCUGCAAUUGAAGAAAUACAGAAAGCAAGAAACAUCACUAGAGAAAGAUUUCUAGUUCUUAACUACACGGAUAAAUAUGCAGCCAGCACUAUGCAGCUUUGUCAGUGGAUUAGAGAAGGAAAAUUGAAGGUUAAAGAGACAGUGGUGGAAGGCUUGGAAAAUAUUGGAGCCGCUUUCCAGUCUAUGAUGACCGGGGGAAAUAUUGGAAAACAGAUAAUUCUUGUUUCCAAGUAAAAGAAGCAUUUGUAUUGUUUCCCAGGUGUCACUUGCAGAGUAUUUUUUUUUUGGCACAGGUCUGGCAUGACUUCCUCCUUUGUAAGGGUACUUGCAUCAAGCAAUCAGAAGCUGAACUUUUUCAUCUUGCAUUUGAAUAUAUAAAGCUUGUGGAAGAUA